GCGCUGUCUGUGGUGAGUGAAGACCAGUCUCUGUUUGAGCCUCCGUACGCUGCUGCUGCUCCCUUACCCAAGACAGACAUGACUGCGUCCGGCGCACAGGACUACGGUCAGCCUCACAAGAUCAACCCUAUCCCCCCUCAGCAGGAGUGGAUCAACCAGCCCGGCCGGGUUCAUGUCAAACGAGAAUAUGACCAUAUCAAUGGAUCCAGCAGAGAGUCCCCGGUGGACUGUAGUGUGGGUAAAU